CAUUACCAACAAGAAUCCAAACCUAACAACAUGGUGUCUUUCGAAGAAGCCUCUGAACUCGCCAAGAAGUUCACCAAGAAGCCCACCGAUGCCGAGUUCCUGGAGUUCUACGGUCUGUUCAAGCAGGCCACCGUUGGCGAUGUCAACAUCGAGAAGCCCGGCGCUCUGGCUCUGAAGGAGAAGGCCAAGUACGAGGCCUGGAACUCCAACAAGGGUCUGUCGAAGGAGGCUGCCAAGGAGGCCUACGUAAAGGUGUACGAGAAGUACGCCCCCAAGUACGCUUAAAUCGGUAACCGGUUUCCGGACCCCCCAUACACCUGCCCACUACUACGUUGAACAAUAAAGAUUAUCCGAGAUAUGAGCAAUAA